AUGACUACGCUGAUCAAGAUCCUAAGGACGGUCGGACAGGUCCGGGCGUGGCAGAAACAGUGUUUCUUCAACAAGGAGACCGUCGGUUUCGUCCCCACCAUGGGCGCCUUGCACCAGGGCCACACGUACCUCGUGAACCAGAGUCUAAAGGAGAACGACCGAACCAUCGUGCUGAUUUUCGUCAACCCUUCCCAAUUUGCGCCCCACGAGGAUUUAGACGCGUACCCCCGGACGAUAGACCAUGACUUGCAGGCGCUUGAGUCGCUAGACCGCCCUGUGGAUGCGCUUUUCUUGCCCAAGGUGCUGGAGAUGUUUCCCAGCGGAAUUGUCUUGGAUGUGGCCAAGCAGAAAGGCGCUUUUGUCAAUGGCGUGUCUACGAUCGUGACCAAGCUUCUCAAUGUGAUUCAGCCUACAAAUGCGUACUUUGGACAAAAAGAUGCCCAGCAGUGUGUGGUGGUGAAGAAUCUCGUCAAGGAUUUGCUUAUCGAUACGACCAUCAGAGUGUGCCCCACUCUUCGUGAGCCUAACGGUUUGGCCAUGUCCUCGAGAAAUGCGUACUUGUCUCAGGAAGCAAAGGACCAAUGCUCGAUCAUCUACAAGGGUCUCUGUGCUGGCCGUGAUUAUUACGAGGAGGAGAUCAAAAGUGGUAAGCCUGUGUCGGCUGCUGCUGUGGCGGAUGUAAUUCGUGAAGUCUUCUCUUCUAUGCCCAAGGAGUGGAAUCUUGAGUAUAUCGCAGUUUCACACCCUGAAUCGCUUGAGGACUUGAACGAGAUCGAAAGCGGCGUUGGAGCUACUGUUUCCACUGCAGUUCGUGUGCCCAAGUCCGACGGUUCUGGUACUGCCAGGCUCAUCGACAACGUUCAGCUCAACGGAUAG